AUGGAAAAAAGUAAUGGCGAAGAUAUUUGGCAGGAUCGGGAGAUUCGAUUUGAUGUCGAUCAUAAGUGAGUUCAAUUUUUAAAAGAUUCGUGAGGUUAUUAGGACUUAUCGAAAGUAGAGGGAUUUCUAGGCUCGCGCUCUUCCUUUACAUUUGAAUUUUCUAAGUGCGGCUUGUUCACAACACACAUUUAUAGGAUUGCCUACUUGACAUAGAAUCUCUCAAGGGGCGGUUCCUUGGCAGCUUGGAUUCCUAGAUUCGGGUCCUAGAGAAUUAGAUUCUCUAGGCGCUGAUCCUUGAAAAUUGAAAUUUUUACUUAGCAGAAAAGUUCCUACGAUCUUUAAAGUUUAAAAUCACAACCUAUUUUUCAGGCUAUUGAAGUUGAUAAAUGGAGAAGUUCAAAUCGCAAAAAUGGAUCAUGUCGAAGACACAAAAGGAAACAAUGGAGAUCGAGGUUUUUCCUUUUUUUUUUCCCCCUUAAUAAAAUUUUCCCCAAUCAAUAAUUAUGUUAAGGAACAAUGAGAGUCACAAAUUUGCGAGUUAUUUGGCAUGCUUCUUCAAUGCCAAGAAUCAAUAUCACAAUUGGAUGGAAUUGUAUAACUGGAGUUCAAACGAGACAAGCAACUUCUGUGAGUGAAUUUGAGGAUUUAGAAUUUGAAAAAAAAAGUUUUUCAGAGCAGUCAAAGACGCGGAGGACCGUGUGAAGCGAUUUAUGUUUUGGCGAAAGUUUCGACGGCUGCAACAAAGUUUGAGUUCAUUUUUACGACGACUAGUCCAGCGGUGGGUGAAUUUGGAUUUUUUGGGAGGGAAUAUUGGGAGCUCUUUCGGGGUUUACGAUCAAGAUAGGAAAUUUCCAAAAAUCUGGCGAAAGUUCUUGUUUUUGGUGGUUUAUCUAGAUUUUUGGUCACAUUUUAAGUGAAAAAUUACUGUAAUAAACUGAAUUGAAAAGUUUAGAAUUUCACAGACUCAGGAAAAGUUGCGUGAAAUUUAUGAAAGAAACUAUGUUCAGAAAUAGUGUUUCAGAAUUUUCGAACCAACUUUUUCUAAAAUUUCAAGAUCACUUUUUCAACCCUCUCAAACCUUUCAAAAAAUUUUCAGGCGCAUUCAAAACUAUUCACAACAAUAUUAUCCCUCAAUCGCGCCUAUGAAACCACAAAAUUAUACCGCGAACUGAAAAUGCGUGGAUCAUUCAUCAAAGAAGACGGAACACUUCGUCUUUUACCCCAAGAAUUUUUGUGUGAACGAGUAACUGGAGUUUGGAAUUUAUCAACAGAUCAAGGCAAUUUGGGAGUGUUUAUUAUCACAAAUUGUCGUGUUGUUUGGUAUGCUGAAUUGAAUCCACUUUAUAAUGUUUCAGUUCCUUAUUUGACGUUAUAUUCGUGUCGAGUUAGAGAAUCGAAAUUUGGAAUGGCUCUGGUUUUGGAAACCACUUCAAAUGUAAGAUUUCCUCUUUGAAAAAACAAAACGAAAAAUAUUUUUAUUCAAAAAAUAAUAUUAUAAUCUAGUUCUUUCUUCAUCAGUUACUGUUCUUGUUGUUGAUGUAAUUCCACACGAUAUUUGAGUUUUACUCAUUCGUUUCGUUGGUUCAAUCAUUUUUUCUGAUUUUUCCAUUACAGUACUUUCUGGUUCUAUAACUUUUCCAUGUGUAUCUUUCUUUUUUCUCAAACUUGUUGCAACCAUAUUGAAACUGGAAUUUGUGAGUUCUGAAAAAGUUUGAAAUUAUUUAGAGAAUAACUUAGGAUAACUUACUUUUCUUCUUUUUAUAUUUUUUAUUCAAUUUACAGAUGACAAAAACCAAAUAAGAUACUGAAAAUAUAAUUGUUGAAAAUAAAAUGAUGAAAACAGUUAGCCAAAGUGUCAAUGAAAAACCGAAAGAUGGUCCCGUAUAUUCUGAAAAAUAUUAUAUUCAUAUUACGAUCUAAAUAAUUUUAACUUACUUUCACAUUGAAUAGUUUGGAAAAGAAUGAUGAAUAAAACAAAACAUAUUUGACUUAACUUGGACAUUUUUCAAAUUUUGUAAACGUUAGGAAUGAAUCAUAGGAAAUAAAUGUUCAAAAUCGGAAAAAAUGGGUCACGUUAAAAAAUGUUUGCAGAGUGGUGAAUAUGUUCUUGGUUUUCGAGUGGAUCCAAUGGAAAAAUUACAAAAAACAUCGAAGACCAUACAAUCACUUCACAAAGCACAUCUACUCAAACCGAUUUUUGGUGUCACUUUUGUGAAAGAGAGAGCAGAGGUUGGUUCAGACAUAAGUUAAAGGGGGAGGGGGGGGGGAAGAAUUUUCUGAAUCCAAUUUUUCUUGUAAAAUCAGUUUUCCCCACAAAAAUCCUAUUUUCAGAAAGAAGAAAAACCAUCAGAUGAAGUAAUCGACAACGUAUUCAAUGAUGCUGAAGAUGAUGUUGAAAUUGAUACAAAAGGUGUUCGACCAGAUCCAUUUGCUGCAUAUUAUAAUGGCGGUGCUCCUCAAAAAGAAGGCAAUACAGUAACUUCACCAGUUUUGAGUGCAGAACUUGGAUUAGGAAUUGAACCACUUCCAACUGGUUUUACUGUAAAUGAUUUGUGGUCAGUACAUUUUGAAUGA